UCUCCCGCCAGCUCUUUCACUUUCUCAGUUCACUCUUCCGAACCAAAUUCUCUGUCCGUUCACGUUCUCUGAGCUCCAUUUCUCUCCAUCUUGCCCUCCUCCUCUUCUUCUCCUUCCACGUUCAGAGACAAUGGUUGUUGCACAGAAAGUGAAGGAAGCAGAGAUCACGGAGCAGGACUCGCUUCUGCUGACGAGGAACCUGCUUCGCAUUGCGAUCUUCAAUAUCAGUUAUAUCAGAGGCCUUUUUCCUGAGAAAUAUUUCAGUGAUAAGUCUGUUCCAGCCCUCGAGAUGAAGAUAAAGAAGUUGAUGCCAAUGGAUGCAGAGUCGAGGAGAUUGAUCGAUUGGAUGGAGAAAGGUGUGUACGAUGCAUUGCAAAAGAAGUAUCUGAAGACAUUGUUGUUCUGUGUGUGUGAAGCACUGGAGGGGCCAAUGAUUGAGGAGUAUUCAUUUUCAUUUAGUUACUCCAGUUCUGACAGACAGGAGAUUACAAUGAAUGUCAGUCGCACUGGAAACAAGAAGGGAAGUGCUUUCAAGUGUGACUCUACCACAGAAAUCACUGCCAACCAGAUGAGGAGUUCUGCUUGCAAAAUGGUUCGAACACUUGUUCAGUUGAUGAGAACUCUGGACAAAAUGCCUGAGGAGCGGACAAUUCUGAUGAAGCUUCUGUACUAUGAUGAUGUAACACCUGCAGAUUAUGAGCCUCCAUUUUUCAGAGGCUGCUCUGAAGAAGAAGCUUAUAAUCCAUGGACAAAGAAUCCUUUGAAGAUGGAGGUUGGUAAUGUGAACAGCAAGCAUUUUGUACUGGCUCUGAAGGUGAAGAGUGUGCUCGAUCCCUGUGAGGAUGAGAAUGAUGACAGUGAAGAUGAUGGAGUCAGCUUAGGAAAUGAUUCUGUACGAAGAGAUGAGUAUUCUGACUCUGACAGUGAGGUCAACCAUUCGCCCGGGAAUGAAUAUGUGGUUGCCCCAAUUGAGAAAAAACAACAGGACAACAAUUGCAUGGCCGAUGAAGAUGAUACUCAGGAUCCUUCAGAAGAUGAACAACAAUUGGCUCGAGUGAAGGAGUGGAUUAUCUCUCACCACCUUGGCAGUUUCGAACUAGCUGAUGUUCUCUCAAAUUUUAGCGAUAUCUCAGUGGAGUUGACAGAAGAGAUCAUGGACAAACUUGUCGUGGAAGGUGUUAUAUCAAAGACAGGAAAGGACUGUUACACUGUCAACAAGCAGAAGACUUCUGAUUAUGAUUUCCCUGACGUGAAAGAGGAAAUCGAAGCCCAGGCAUUCCAAGGAGGUGAAAAAACUCCCCGGGUUGAUGAUUAUAUGUACAUGAAGGCUCUGUAUCAUGCUCUUCCAAUGAACUACAUAACAGUGGGAAAACUUCAAAGUAAGCUUGACAAUGAAGCCAACCCGAGCACUGUAAGGAAGCUCAUUGAUAGGAUGGUUUGUGAUGGUCUGGUUGAAGGCAAAGGCACUGGGAGACUAGGAAAGCGUGUCAUCCGCUCUGAUCUGACUGAGAAGAGGCUCGCUGAAGCCAAGAAAGCCUUGCAGCUGAAUGACUCCAUGGAUGUCGACACCGAUGAACUGAAUGAGAAUUCAGCUCUUCCUGAAUACCAGGAAAACGGGAAUAACCAGGACAUGUCGACUUGUGGGGCCCUGCACUCCAUCGGGUCAGAUCUCACCCGCAUGAGGGUCAGGUCCGAUGUGAAUCCCAACAUCUCUAUUCAGAGCGAGCAGACAAUUUCCAGGACAAAUGGCCGCGAGAACACACCCACAAGCAGGGCCAAGCCAGUAGCUUCAAGAGAGAGCUUCGUCCCCGGGAAUGGCAAUGCCCGAGCAAACAUUGGCACCCCAAAUGGUGAAGAGGGGGACACCGUUACUUGUAGCAGGUCAACCCAAGAUAAACGCCCGAGGAAGACAAGCACAGUUAAGGAGCCAAUCCUCCAGUACACAAAGCGCCAGAAGUCACAAGUUGCUUGAGCUUUGAAAGAAGCCACUGCUUCUUAAAGAUCUUUCUCACUCUGAUUUGACUAGAUUCAGAACUAAACUAAAUAGCUGGAAU